UCUUUCUCUUUUUAGUUAACGAACGCGCUUGCUCUCUGAAUUUUUUAAUUAUUUUGAGAGCGAAACAAGUUUAGAUCCUCAGAAUUUACGAAGGAAAAAUUCGUGAAAUUUAUGUGUUAUAUUUAAAGUGUUUGAUGUUGAUUAGAAUAAUGCAGUGCAAAGCUAUUGUUAUUAAGUUACACGGGACCAAAACGCAAGCGCUGAUUCCUCGGCGAUGACCAUAAGCGAUCGCAAUCAUGAUCGCCAACUUACCGCUGCUGUUCGCUAACGGGAACCCGACCGAUCUAUCAAAGGUCUCAGCAGCCGAGUUGGAAAAGUUCAUAACAUUCAUGGUGACAUGUUCCUGGGGUCAUGAUACUGCCAAAGACAUCAAACAACCGCCUUGGUGGCCGAAAAAUGUUGUAUUCUCUCACCCGUUUGUUAGACCCUGUAAAGUUCCACAAGAUUGGGAAGCGAGGCUCAAGAAUUUAGUGAAGCGAUGUUACGACUAUCACAAAAGCGCGUUUUUGUUAUUGUUCUCGGCACACUUAGCUCGAUAUGACCGGAGUAUACUCACGUACGUUGAUAACAACGACCACACGACGUCUCUCUACCAUGGCCCUACUGGAAGGCUCUUAGUAACAUUUCGAAAUGAGAACUUGAUGUAUGAUAAGCCAGCUGAUAUUUAUCUUUGUGAUACUUGUGACAGUCACUUUGAUAAUGUUGAUAUUCUGAAGGCACAUGAGAGGCUGUGUAACAAUGAAAGUUAUCAGACGUCUUGCUCUGGUUCUUUGCAAGAAUUCAUAUCUGCAUUAAAGCUCAAACCAAUACAGGAACAGAAAGAGGAGCAAGUCUCAGAUAAUUCUGUUAUAGAUAUCAGGCCCAGAAAUGGACGGACCGCUACAAGCGUAGAUCGAGGUCCACCAUAUCCUUUUUCCUCUUUGGCAUAUUUGAAGAAUGCCAAAGUCAAUGUUCAAAGAGAUACAAGUUAUUCUCGUGAAAGAGUUGAGAGGUAUUGCUGUAAUUCAAUAGUAUGUACUAAAAAUGUAGGUAGUAAAGGCAAAAAUCACGUGUUUCCGGUGCGAUACAAAAGACCCAUAGACUAUUGGCAUCGAAAGCAUGUGUUUCCCAAUCAGAGGUGUAAAACAGUUCUGGAUUUAAAGGGUCAGUUAUUGCUUUUGAAGUGUAAGCCUGUAUCUGUAGAUGUAACACGGAUGUCCUUAGAAAAAAUAGAAGAAUAUAUAGAUAAUCUCCAGAAAGAAGCACUGAGUAAACAGUGUGUAGAAGAGAAAGACAUUGUGUAUGUGGAGCCUGAUACUGAAUCUAUGGAAGUGGAUGUUAAAAGCUGUGAUCCAUUGAAUAAAACUGACAGUGAGUGUGAGGUGAUUGAUCUGUGUUCAGACGAGGAAGAGACUAGUGUUAAUGAGAACUGUGAUCCCAGAGCAGGGAUUGCUUGUGUUAUGAGGGGUGGGGCAGUGCUACGGCGCACUGCAGCGACGCCCCAUGCGCUUCCUGCGGAGCCUUGUGGCGCGAGACAAAGACCCCUCUCCUCACUUAUAUUACAACCACAUCCUGUAAUUCUCAUAACUCACUCUUUGAACAAUUUACAGACUAUAGCAUUAGAUUGACUGUAUGUAUUUUAAUAUAGGUAUGCUGACUUAUUAUUUAUUGUAUUCCUGAUUAAAAAAUUAAUGUCAUGCCAUGUUUCAUUUCUAAACUUGCUAUGUCAAUUGAGAAAUUAGAGGCUGGCAAUACUAGGCGGCCUUGAUCAAAAUGGUGGAUAAUGGUUACGUUAUGGCGAAAUGGCGUAUGACGGACUUGUCAAAGUAUUAUUUUAGAAUAAUUUUAAAAUAUUUGAAUUACACCUGUAGUAAAUAUUUACUGUGAUUAUUUUUUUUUAAUUAAUUCCAUCAAAUAUAUUUUGAAUGAACAUUGAACGUUUGUUAUGUAUUUUGUCGAAUGAAAUAGGCAUUGGCAUGAACUGAGAGAUUAUAUUUAAACUGAACUGAAAAUUAUGUUGAAAUAGGUAUAAUUUGUAUUUCAAUGUUUCAUAAGCUAAAUACCUGCACUCUUGCGUUGAUAUCGUAACAAUGAUGUUGCAAGCUCUGGACGUUGGCAACACUUGAUUUAGAAGGACGCGGACUAAUAUGGCAUGAAUAUGGCCGCUGAUCAGUGAUCAUCGGUAGAUAGUUGGUAUUCUAUAACAUAAUACUGAAAAUGUGAUAUAUCAAGUAUUUGUUUAUUUAUACAACUUAGUGUUUCUUGUCGACAUUUUUAACGACGUUUAAUGGUUAGUAAUACUUUUUGUAAAAAUAUAAUUAAAGUUAAAUUUCUUAAAUC